AUGGUACCUGUGAAAAUAAAAUUUUCAAAAUCAGUAAGGAGUAACUCACCUCUUCAGAAGACGAGAAUACUAAAUAAAAAUGGCAAUGAUUCCUUUCAUAACAUCAAAUAUAUACCUAUAAAAUUAAAAAAAGAUGAGUAAUUACUGUAGUAAUUACUUAAAGGUAGUGAAGAAAAUAAAAAUAAUGAAUAAAAAAAUUCUUUAAAGAGCGAUAUUUUUCAGCAAACAAAUUCUGAAGUCUUUAAAUAAACAUAAAGAAGCACUUCAAAUCACAAAAAAUAUGAACUGAAAAGAGUUGUUAAUAAAUAAGGGGAAUUUUAUAAUAAAAAUUCUUGCCAUAACAAUUCUCUAUGUUCCUCAGAGACCACAAACGAUUAUGAGGCUAAUGAAAGUCCUACUUUUAUCAAAGCAAAUAAUCUCAAUUAGAAAAGACUAGUUGCAGCAGUUAACACAUAACAAAAUAAUUUACUCAAUAAUCCUUCAAGCGCUUAACCUUUAAAGAAACUAUAUAAAAUAUACGGAUAAGUUACACAGGAUUCUGAAGAUAGUGUCAACCUUUAAAGCUAGCAGGAAAGUACAAAAUAAAAUCUGAAUAAAGAAAAAAAAGAAUUUUAAUCAAUUAUAACUAUGAAACUCAAAGAUAAUAUCUUCAAAACUUAAAGUGAUUUUAGAAAAAAAAGUGAAGUAUAAAAAGUUCAAAAUGAUACAUAGAAAUUGUCUUAAAUCUAAGACAGUUAAGUAAAUUCAAGGAAAUUAAAAUAAGCAGAAUAGGGAAAUGAAUUUUUAAAUCAACCUUCAGAGAUAAAAAAGAGAAAUUUUAUUACUAAAGUAGAUACAACAUAAUUUUCUGACAAGAAAAAUGUAGAAAAUAAUACGAUUUUAGAUUAAUAAAUUACAUAAAAAUAAUAUCUACCUCAAUAAAACUCACCAAAUAUCAUUAACAGGAGAUAGAAAGAUCCUAUAGCUGAUUAACAGUCAUAUAAGGAAACUAUGAAAUCUUCAACGGGAAGGCAAAAAAGAAAAUCUUAAGUAAAGUAAAAAAAACCAAAAGCAAAUAAAUAGCUUUUAUUAUAAAAUGAGCUUGCAAAUAAUAACAUAAAUUUAUAAAGCUAAUAUAAUCCGUAUUAAAAUUCCUUAUAAAUUAUAGAGCGAAAUAAUAUUUAGUUAAAUAAAAUAAUGCAAGUUUAAAGUAAUAAUUAGAUGUCUCCUACUUCAAGAGCUUCACAAUUUUUCAAUUUGUAGACUUAAGAUUACUUCUUUUAAUGUAAAAAGUAGUCUCAGGAAGAAAAUAGACCUUAAUCUCUUUCUUAGUAAACACCAAAGCAACAGAAUAUAAAUUUACCUGCAAUAUACAGUAGCUUAAAAAAUGACUAGCAAAACAAUUAAGAAAAAUAGCUUGAAUAGCAUACAAAUAGUAAUAACUCAAAUAAAUAAGAAUAAAACGAAAGUAAUUCUAAAGAAAAAUUACCAAGUAAAUAAUUGUCUUAAAUGGAUUCUCCUCUAAAUAAUAAACAAAAUAUCUAGACAUUGUAAUAGCCUACUUCAUUUAAAAAAUAAUCUGUGUAAAUUUAAAAAUAAUCUACAUCAAGUAGAUAAUAAUCGUUGCAUGUUCAAAAAUAAAAUUAGUAGGAUUAGCCUAAAAAUGAUCUCUAAAAUCUUUCAAAUAAGUUAAAAUCUUAAAGUAAGGACAUUAGAGGAGAUAAUGAAGCUAAUUCAUCUAUAUCUUCUAUAUAAAACAGUUAAAAUAUAAAUAAUUAAGAUUUAAAAUGUAGCCAAAAAAUAUUCUAUGAUCUUCCACCUUAAUAUUCUAAUAGAAUUAAAUUUCGUAGACUUCAUCGAGUUUACUUUAAGCCUAGAAACUACUUUAGAGGUAAUUAAUUAGCAAUAUUGCAUUUUAAUGGAGUCCUUGGAAUUUACGAAAAUUCAUUUUUUAAACAUGCGAAAAACUCUAGUUCUGAUAUCCCUCAAGCCGAAGAUUAAAAUUUUUAGUAAAAAUUCAAUAAAGUUAAUUAAAAUAAUGAUUAAGAAGAAUCACUUAUUUUAGAGGAUGAAAAUAAAUCGGAAAUAGAAGGAUUAACAAUAUCGUAGUUCAAAGAAAUCACUUAAGUUUAGACAAAAUAAUACAUUGCUGAAGAAAAAAGAAGCAAUUACGAGUACUAAUAGGGAGAAGAUGAUCAGGCUUAUGAUGAUGAAAACAGUAAAUUUAAUUAAGAACAGCUUCACAUCCUUUAAAAUUUAAAGUAAACACUCAAAAAAAUAAGCUAAUGGUAUUAUGUUAUUUUAAUACUUCCUUAAAAAUCUGCUUUAUGGCUAGAAAUAAGAGAUUAUUUAGUUUAACAGCACUAUUAUUGUGAUGCUAUGUACACAUACGAUAAUUAAACACAUGAUUAUACCUCAUACUACAAAAGAAAUAUAGAUAACUUAGAUCUUUUAAACCCAGAAUUCAAAGUACAAAAUGAUAUUAUUGAGUUUACACAAAAAAAGGAUCUAAGAGGAAUAGGUUUAGGAAAUAAAACAUUUUCAUAAAAUAUGUACAAUCCGUAAACAGAUAAAUUCAAAUAACAACAGUAGAAAGAUAAUAAUUUAUCCUUUUAAGGAACUUUUUAUCCUUCAAAUUGCAUGAAAAAUUCUAAAGACAGCGAUUCAAAUAACAGUAGUUUUAACAAUAUUAGUGAAAAUGUAUCUAAUUUGGAUUUAGAGCUGUUAAUUGACUACAACUAAAUAUUAACAGACCUUAAAUUGAAUUAGCCUAAAAAGGUGUUGCUAAUAGAUACACUACCGUUAAGUAUGAGAGAAUGCUAUUCUAAAAUCGAAGACAGAGCCACUUUUUUUCAGAAUGAAUAAAAGUAAGAUGACUUAAUUCACUAUAUAUAGUUUUUAAAGCUAAAUUAAAAAAUUUGGAAAAGCUUUAGUUUAAAAUUUCCUAAAAUUAAAUGCCAGAGAUCAGCUUUAAGAGUUGUCUUUCUGCCUUCUUUAUAUUAUGAGCAAAAAAAAUUUAGUAGUAACUCAAUCUCUUUCCAUUAAGUACUAUUAGAAGAAAUAGCUUCAGAGUUUUAGGAAGAAGCCAACGAGUGUAGGUAUAUAAGUAGGAAUAAAUAAAGAUGGUAUUAUUUAAAUCUCAAAGAUGUCUUUAGUGAGCUUGAGAAUUAAAAAUUAAAGGAAUGCUUUGAGAAACACAUGAAAAAUGGUUAAAUAGAAAAUUUAAUGAAACAGCCUUAAACAAGUAUAUACAAAUAAGAAUAAGAAGCUUCAUAAAUAUCUGAACUGAAUCUCAAAUAAAAGAUCUACAGAUAUUUCUCAUAAAAUUAUAAGAUGAUUGAAUUGUUAUCAAAAGAUGUAGAGAAAUAGAUAAGCUAAACUUCAGAUAAUUCUCAAACACAACAGUAAUAAUAGCAACCACCACUAAAUUAAAUAUAAGCAAAUAACAAUAAUAUUAACAAUAAUACCUCUAACAAUUUUUUUCCCAAUGGAAUAAAUAGAAAAUAAUCUUUAAUUUUCUAGCAAUAUUUUAAUAAUCUUGUAGAAAGCAUCAUAUCUCGAAACAAUAAAAUUAUUAAACAAUUUUCACAAAACAAAGAAACAUUUAAUUAAGCAUCACAAAUAUAAAAAAUAUAUACUUCUUUCUACGAUAAGACCAACCACUGUAUUUCUAAAAAGUAGUAGUAAGAGAAAAUUGAAAAGGAGCUAGAUCUCUACAUAGCUAGAAAAUAUAAAAGCUCCAUACUCUUUUAUUUUUCAAAUUUUUAGAACAUAUUAACAAUUUCCCUCUUCUUUUUCGUAUUCUUAAUUUCAUUACUAAAAUGA